UGCGAUGAACAAAGACCACAUUGCCAGCGAUGUCAGCGUCGGGGUGUUCCAUGUCGCUAUUCGUCAAACUCAAAUCCAUCUCGCUAGUAACCACUUAAUGUACACAAUCAUCGGAGUUGGCAUGCUCCAUCUCAAUCGUCUUUCGCCCAGCGAAGAAAGAUCCUUUGCGGAGUCAUAUUUCUGGCAGCACGCCAUUCAACAAUACCAAGAGGCCCUAUCUAUGUCAGUCAGCAAAGACAACGUCGAUGGUCUAUUAUCCACCUGCAUGUUGAUGGGCGUCGUGACGGUUUGCCCCGAGCGUUUCGAACCUACUGAUUCUUGGGUUCUCACAAAUAGGCCAGAAGCCAUGAAUUGGCUCUGCCUACAGAGUGGGCUGCGAUGCAUUAUAUCUCUGGCCAAACCAUAUUUGUCCAACAGCAUCUGGGCUGCUGCGUUCGCGGAAACCAACAAAGAAGAGCGCCAACUCUACGACCAGGAGAUUCAAAAGGGACGAGAGGGUCUCAAUUCGGAUUUGGCAGAUCUUUGUCAGAUUGAUGAUUCCACUACAAAAAGGACUAGCUCUUAUUACAGUCCUCUUCGUAUCCUUUCCAAACUUCUGAGACUGGAAAAGAACGGCCACAACUCCGCCCACUGUGCUUCCUUUAUGGGCCGAUUGGAGUGCGACUUCCUUACUCUUCUGAGGAAUAGAGACCCGCCUGCUCUUAUAAUUAUGGCGCAUUGGAUGGGUCUCAUGUGCUUGUUAUCACAAUGGCAGCCGUGGAUAGAGGGAAGGAUCAGGGGGGAGUGUGUUGCAAUUUGCAUGUUUCUAGAACGUAGUUCCGAUGCCAGGAUGUCGCGGCUCCUACGCUUUCCAGCGGAUUCCUGUGGACAUGAACUCUGUGUGUCCGAAGUGGAUAAAUAG